UAUGACAAUAAUUAAAAUUCAAUAAACACGUGCAUGUGUUUUGGUUUAAAACAAGCGCAAGUAAGCACACAACAGUAAAAUAACUUCUCAAAAUGGAUGAAUCAGAAGCUGGUACAUCAGAUGAUCAAAAUAAGCUGGAACAUAUCGAUGAUGUCAAUGUCUAUUCUCAAACUGCCCUGAAAAAUGUUUUGGAAGCGACAAAAAAUUCCAACAGUUUACCAACAGGUGAUGACUAUGACUUCUAUUCGACGUUCCGAUCUGUACGCGAUGUGUUAGAUAUAGAGAGUCAGAGAAUUCUCUCCUUAAUAGACAGUUUAUUAAAAGAACAGUGCAUCAAGGGCAGGGUGUCUCAUGGCUCAUCAGCAGUUGAAAUUGAUGACAAGUUUGAUAUUUUAACCGAAGCAAAUGAUCACAUUUUAGAACGGAUCGGGAAUAAUUUAGACGAAGCUUCAGGAAUUAAAAAGACACAAACCAAUUUAUUAGUUAAAUCUGUAGAAACGAAAAGUCAGAUUUUAGCAUCGUGGAAUAAAAAGAAAGGCAGCAAGGAUUCACCAACCAGUUUUCGCCUUUUGGCAGCAAAAAAUACGCCAAGACCACAAUUCAAAUUCAAGGACAAAGUUGACAAUUCAUCAAAUCCCUUUGUGCCCCUGAUUAAGGAGAAACCAAAUGCCUUGGUGCCACUUACAGAAAGUUUGAAAGUAAAUCAGUCUGAAGAUCCUAAUAUGGAUACAAACUUUUCUUACCAACAUCCGUACCAGUUCGAAAUAUUAGAGUUUCAAAUUCCGACUACUCAGCUUGAAAAAGAAGAGCCAAAAAUGCCCUUACUGUUGUCAACUACACCGUUUACUUUCAUCGAUACAGUACCUCAAUUGGAAACAUUGUUGACUAAAUUACAAUCUGUUACAGAAAUAGCUGUUGAUCUUGAAGCACAUUCGUACAGAACCUAUCAAGGUAUCACUUGUUUAAUGCAGAUUUCAACUCGUACUGAAGAUUUUAUUGUUGACACUUUAUCACUGAGAAAUGACUUGCACAUCUUGAAUGAAGUUUUUACAAAUUCAAACAUUGUUAAAGUCUUACAUGGUGCCGAUAUGGACAUAGUUUGGUUGCAGAGGGAUUUGGGUCUCUAUAUUGUUAAUAUGUUUGAUACAGGACAAGCUGCAAGGGUUUUGAACCUUUCCCGUCUCUCUUUAGCCCAUUUGCUUGAUGAAUACUGUCAGGUGACCGCAGAAAAGCAAUACCAAUUAGCCGAUUGGAGAAUGCGACCACUGCCAGAGGAACUGAUCAAAUAUGCACGUACAGACACCCAUUAUUUGUUGUAUAUUUAUGACAAAUUACGAAAUGAACUUUUGGAAAAUGGCAACGAUCAGAAAAAUUUGUUGUGUUCUGUUUAUGACAGAAGUAAACAGAUUAGUUUGAAAGUUUACACAAAGCCCAUUAUGAACGAUGACAGCCAUCUUGAACUUUACAGAAAAAGCCGAAAAGUUUUUGAUAGUCAGCAGUUAAGCUCUUUGAAACAGCUGUAUGCCUGGCGUGAUAGAAUAGCUAGAUUGGAAGAUGAGAGUACUGGUUAUGUUCUUCCAAAUCAUAUGUUGUUACAGAUUGCGUCAAUUUUACCGCGGGAAAAACAAGGAAUUCUUGCCUGCUGUAAUCCAAUUCCUCCAAUAGUGCGUCAAUACUUGAAUGAACUUCAUGCCAUAGUAAUGGAUGCCCGUAGCAUACCAGUGACAAAGAAAGAAAAGAAAAAAACUGUGUCAACAUUAAGUAGCAAAACACCCACGUAUGGAGAUGAUACCUCUAUUUAUUGUCCCCAUGAUUUAAGUGAACAUGAUGCGUCAGAUCAUUCUAUCCCAAAAUUAGACACUAAAUUUGUAGCAACAACUGCUUCUAUGUUUCAGUCGCCUAGUUCAUUCCUGGUUACAUCAAAGCCGCUAAUUACUGCGUUUAGUCCACCAGAAAUGGUCAAAAGGCAAUCCAAAGCUAUGAAAAAAGCGACUGAAAUAACAAUUGCUCUUCAACAACCAUUUGACAUGUUCUUGCCAGGCGUAGAGAGUAAAUGUAAAAAGAAGUGGUUACUAAAACCAAGCACAAUCAAGACUGAAGAGCCAGAUGCGACAGCACAACCUGAGUACGUUCCCCCAGCUAAGAGAAAGCGUCCACAAGAAAACACAGCUCCUUUACGACAUCAAGUUUUUCAACAGAAGAAAUCGAAACUUGAACCGAAAGAAGAAGUGAGUGAAGUUAGUGAACAGUCUGUGAAAGAAAAGAAAAAGACAAAGCCCCACAAAGAUAAAUCUUUUAAAUAUGAUAACUUUAAACCAUUUGAUUAUAAAACUGUUGAUAAAAGUAUUUUUGAUGGCAACGGUAGUAAAAAGCAACAUAAAUGCAAGAAAUGAAGCUUUUGCCAAAUUAAUUUGUAAAGUGUUAUUUACUUGAAAGAUCCUGAUUUAUAGUUAACUUGUUUGAGGAGUACACUAUUCCUACCACAUUGGAUGUAUGUAACCUAUUUAGGUUACAGUAAUAGAGGGUAUUCAAAACAUUUACAGACCUGAAGGAUCAAACAGUCGCAUAACCAGAAUUUAAGGGGGUUACUCAGGGUUGAAUGACCAAAGGUGAUGACACAAGGCUCUAGGGGGAUUGCGGAGCAUGCUCCCUGAGUGAAUUUUUAUAUUUUGACACCAUUUAAUGCCAUCUUGAGAAGUCAGUUUGUUAUUGCUCUCACAAAUAGGCUUAGCCUGUUAAAACUGAUUUUUUAGUAUGCUUGGUUAUUUGAUUUCUAGUAAAACUAAUGUUAUGUGAUCAGUUUUCAGGUUCCAAUAGGACAUAUUUAAUAACAAAUAUUUUAAUAUAAAAAACAAAUGUAGGAAAAAUAUCAAUUUGAAAGGUUCACAAUUUUCAAGACAUUGGAAAAUGAACUAAAAAUUGACCAUCUGAAUUGUAUUCGAAUAAUGACUUAGAAUAUUCAAAAUAAAUUUGGCAGCAUUUGAACUCACCACAUGUAUAUACAGUAUUAAUGAUAUACAUGUAUUCAUUUAUGAAGUGCUACAAGUAAAUCAAGAAAACCAGCUCAUGGUGUAUUUAUUCAUUGUUAAAUGCAAAGGAAUUUUAAUAUGAAGUACUGGAUUUUUUUUUUAAAAAAAAAAAGCAUUAGUAAAAUUGUUAGCUACUGGAAUUUGAAAAGUGUUACAAUAGUACAGACUACAGAGACAUUGUUCAGUACAUUACAGAUACCUUUAUCUUCAGUUUGGACUAAAAUUAUGAAAUACCUGUAGAAGUAGCAUACAUAAUACAUACAAUCUAUAUAAUUUUGUUUUGUUAUGAUUUGUUUUGUAAAAAGAUGUAUUUUAUGGAUAAUGUAAACCUUUAUAAUAUAGAAUUCUGUUGAUAUU